AUGAUAGAAUCCAAACCAGCCACCCAGUUUAUCAUCGACCAACAGGAAAAGGUCCGACAAAGUCUGCCCUUCGACGACAAGCGCGAUUUCGUGAAUGCCGAGAAGGGCUUCCGGUGCCGCCUCGACCCCAACAGGAUCAAGAAUGACAACGGCGAUGUCAUCUGGGAUAACGACGCCUACCACUUCCUGAAGACGGACUCGCCAGACACGGCUAAUCCGAGCCUCUGGCGCCAGUCGAAGCUUGCGCACCUGGACGGGCUUUAUCAUGUCACCGAUGGCAUCUACCAAGUGCGCGGGCUGGACCUCUCCAAUACAACGAUCAUUGAAGGCAACGAGGGCCUGAUUAUCAUUGACCCUCUCACCUCGGAGGAGACUGGCGCCGCGGCCCUCGCUCUCUACCAGGCACACCGUGGCACGGACAGGGCCAUCAAGGCUAUCAUCUAUACACACUCCCACGUUGACCACUUUGGUGGCGUGAAAGGCUUUAUCAAGGAAGAGGAUGUCGAGGCAAAUGACAUCAAGAUCCUUGCGCCCGAGGGCUUCCUCGAGCAUGCUGUCUCCGAGAAUGUUUUUACGGGUACUUCCAUGAGCCGUCGCGCUGCAUACAUGUACGGUGCCGCCCUCAAACAGGGCCCGAGGGCUCAGAUCGGCGCGGGGCUCGGACAGACCGUCUCAACCGGGACCGUGACACUGAUCGCGCCAAACGUGGAGAUCAAACGCACAGGAGAGCGGAGAAUUAUUGAUGGCGUCGAGAUUGUGUUCCAGAUGGCGCCGGACACCGAGGCCCCUUCCGAGAUGCUCUUCUACUUUCCCCAGUUCAAGGCGCUGUGUGCAGCCGAGGAUGCCACCCAUACCUUUCACAAUAUUCUUACAUUGCGUGGAGCGGUGGUGCGUGAUCCGCAUGCCUGGUCCAAGUACUUGACCGAGACUAUUGACCUCUUUGGCGGCAAAGCUGAGGUCGUCUUUGCGUCCCAUCACUGGCCGACUUGGGGUGCUGACAAUGUCGUCAGCUUCCUCACCUCUCAGCGUGAUCUGUAUGCGUACGUGCAUGACCAGACCCUCCGUCUUCUGAACCAGGGAUACAACGGUCCUGAGAUCGCGGAGAUGAUGACUCUACCGCCGGCGCUGGACAAGACCUGGAGUGCUCGCGGGUAUUAUGGCUCGUUGAAUCACAACGUGAAGGCCAUCUACCAACGCUACUGCGGUUGGUUCGACGGCAACCCAGCCCAUUUAUGGGAGCACACUCCAGUCGAGAAGGCGAAGCGAGCCGUGAUGCAUUCGACGACGGCGACUACCGCUGGGCAGCGGAGGUCCUUAACCAUGUUGUCUUUGCGAACUCGGAAGGACGCAGAGGCUAAGGAUCUCCUGGCCGAUGUCUACGAGCAGCUGGGCUAUGGCGCGGAGAACGGCACGUGGAGAAACUUUUACAUCUCAGGAACCACGGAGCUGCGAGAUGGAAACUUCGGGACCCCGACACAAUCAGCCUCGCCUGAUGUCGUCGGGCAGCUUACCCCCGAGAUGCUCUUCGACUCCCUCGCGGUUCAGAUUAAUGGGCCCAAGGCCUGGGAUCAGAAAUUGGCUAUCGACGUUGUCGUUACUGGCACGGAGGUCACCUAUCGUGUGUGGCUGUCAAACGGCGCGCUUAUUUACAGCACGACUCCGCAGUCCGGCACCGCCGAUGUGACAUUGACGGGCACGGCGAAGCAGCUGACUGCGCUGGCGGUUUAUGGACCUGAUCCGGAGGCUCUGGAGAAGGCGGGUGUUAAGAUUGAUGGGGACACCGGGGCAUUGGAUACUCUUUCAUCGCUGAUUGAUCCGGGUGAUCCUAACUUCAAUAUCGUCACUCCUUAG